AUGGCCGGUUCCUGUUGUGGUUCCACCUGCUCUGAGGAGCGCUGUUGCCAGCCCAGUUGCUGCCAGCCUUCCUGCUGUCAGUCCAGCUGCUGCCAGCCUUCCUGCUGUCAGUCCAGCUGCUGCCAGCCUUCCUGCUGCAGAACCACCUGCUGCACUACCAACUGCUGCAGUGUGCCCAGCUGCUGCAGCCCUUGCUGCUGCCGCCCCUCCUGCUGCAGCCCUUGCUGCCGCCCUUCCUGCUGUGGUUCCAGCUGCUGCCGCCCCUGCUGCUCUAGCUCCAGCUGCUGUGGCUCCAGCUGCUGCCGCCCCUCUUGCUGCAUCUCCAGCUGCUGCCGCCCCUGCUGCUCUAGCUCCAGCUGCUGUGGCUCCAGCUGCUGCCGCCCCUCUUGCUGCCGCCCCUGCUGCUGCCUGCGCCCAGUCUGUGGCCAGGUGUCCUGCUGCACCACCUGCUACCGCCCCACCUGUGUCAUCUCCACCUGCCCCCGUCCCAUGUGCUGUGCUAUUCCCUGCUGCAGAUGCUGA